CAGCGCUGUCAGGUCCCAGAGACUGUUCGGCUGAGCCGGCAGCAUGUGGAACGCGACGCCCAGCGAAGAGCCGGGGCUCAACCUCACGCUGGCGGACCUGGACUGGGAUGCAGCCCCCGGCAACGACUCUCUGGGCUACGAGCUGCUGCCGCCCUUCACUGCGCCGCUGCUGGCGGGCGUCACAGCCACCUGCGUGGCGCUCUUCGUGGUGGGCAUCGCUGGUAACCUGCUCACCAUGCUGGUGGUGUCGCGCUUCCGCGAACUGCGCACCACCACCAACCUCUACCUGUCCAGCAUGGCCUUCUCCGACCUGCUCAUCUUCCUCUGCAUGCCCCUGGACCUCGUUCGCCUCUGGCAGUACCGGCCCUGGAACUUCGGCGACCUGCUCUGCAAACUCUUCCAAUUCGUCAGCGAGAGCUGCACCUACGCCACGGUGCUCACCAUCACAGCGCUGAGCGUCGAGCGCUACUUCGCCAUCUGCUUCCCGCUGCGGGCCAAGGUGGUGGUCACCAAGGGCCGGGUGAAGCUGGUCAUCCUCGUCAUCUGGGCCGUGGCCUUCUGCAGCGCUGGGCCCAUCUUCGUGCUAGUCGGGGUGGAGCAUGAGAACGGGACAGACCCUUGGGACACCAACGAGUGCCGCCCCACCGAGUUCGCGGUGCGCUCUGGACUGCUCACGGUCAUGGUGUGGGUGUCCAGCGUCUUCUUCUUCCUUCCUGUCUUCUGUCUCACGGUCCUCUACAGUCUCAUCGGCAGGAAGCUGUGGCGGAGGAAGCGCGGCGAUGCUGCCGUGGGCGCCUCGCUCAAGGACCAGAACCACAAGCAAACCGUGAAAAUGCUGGCUGUAGUGGUGUUUGCUUUCAUCCUCUGCUGGCUGCCCUUCCACGUAGGGCGAUAUUUAUUUUCCAAAUCCUUUGAGCCUGGCUCCUUGGAGAUUGCUCAGAUCAGCCAGUAUUGCAACCUCGUGUCCUUUGUCCUCUUCUACCUCAGCGCUGCCAUCAACCCUAUUCUGUACAACAUCAUGUCCAAGAAGUACCGGGUGGCGGUGUUCAGACUUCUGGGAUUCGAACCCUUCUCCCAGAGAAAGCUCUCCACUCUGAAGGAUGAAAGUUCUCGGGCCUGGACAGAAUCUAGUAUUAAUACAUGACCUAGCACAUUGCUGAUUACAGUCACUGCUUAUUCUAAACCGGAAGCCAUAGCAGAGCAGAAUUUGGGAGGAAGCUGAAGGUUAAUUUUGGAAUUAGGAACAUGUAGAUCCUGAAACAACUGGGAGGGAAAAAAGACAUCAUUUGUAGGGUGUGAGCAGUUUGAUUUGAUUGCACACUUAUUAGUGCUCUCAUACACUAUUUCUGCAUAUUCACUGCCUAUGAUUUUUCAUUCUGCUGUGGGUGCUGGUGAGGGCUUUGCAAUUCAGAGAAAGGAGGAAGUGCAGAGUGAGCAAUUAGGGCACUUCA